AUACAUUUCUGCAGUUUGUUGCUGCACUCACAUGAAUCGGAAACAAUGUCCGAAGCUCCGUCGUUAAUCUCUUUAUGCAUAAAAUCAAUCAAAGAUGCAAUUCUUGACGAAAAUGAGAAUUUAUCAUAUUUGUAUCAACUUCCACCAGAAUUAUUUGAUCAGAUUUUACCAAAUUUACCUCCUCUCGCAUUACAGUUUCUACAAGAUGCAAUGCCAUCUAGUAGUUCUAAUGAUGAUGAUUCCGUAAACCCCUUAAAAAAACGUAAAAGAUUUGAGGGAUUUGAUGAAGCUUGGAAAAUAUUGUAUAAAUCAAGAUGGCCGGAAGAUGUUCAACGGGACGAUGAAUCAAACAUCGAUUGGCAACAGCUUUACUGGGAAAAACAUCUGCAGAAUUGCCUUAAUGCAACAUUGGAAUCGGUAUCCAUCACUUUAUUUGGUAGAUCUCUUGGUGAAGUCGAUAUCCCAGAUACUUUGUUACAAUAUAUUAGUCAUGAAAGAUGCGUUAACAGGUCAAGAAGUUACUCAAAGUUAACGUAUCACUGUGAGCGUUUUGGUUUGUAUGCCAGGUGUCUGAGACUUCAAAGUGUUCAUUGUGCUGCUGAACUUGUUUAUUUAUUAAGGAAUACUCGGUUGGAAAGUUUGGAUGUGCAUUGGCUCAAGUCAAAGCAUCAGGUAGAUGGACUCUGCAAACUUUUGGAGCAAAACAAUGAAACUCUGAAAUCGAUUGAGUUCGUCAGUUGCAAGCUUCUUGCAACUCUUGUGAGUGCGAUCUGUGACUCACUUCAUGUAAAGGGCUUCAAGCCAAAUGUGAUUGAAAGUUUCUCAAUUAAAAGAUCAAGCUUUCUUGACAGCCAAUCUGUUCCUUUACCUCUUGGUUUGGAAUCAUUUUUAAUGGCAGCAAGCAGCAAUUUGACAUCAUUGAUACUCUCCGACAAUCACAUGUCGGGGAAAACUGCAAAAAUGGUGUUCGAUACCUUGCUUGAUGCCAAAUCUGGUUUACGAGUCCUGGAUCUCUCUGAAAACAAUAUUUCUGGUUGGCUUUCACAUAUUAAGUGGGUGUCUAAAGAUCGACAAGCUAACAAAUACAUGAAAUCAUUACGUGUGCUCAAUUUGAGAAGCAACAAUUUGCGAAAAGAUGAUGUGGACUGCCUUAAGUAUGCCGCUAUGGUUUAUAUGCCAAACUUAGAAGUCUUGAAUUUAAGUGAUAAUCCUCUACAGUAUAACGGGGUUAGUAUCCUUGUUUCAUAUUUAAAAGAAAAGUCAAACUCUGAUACUCCCCUUGCUGAGUUACACUUGGAAAACUGCCAGCUAUAUUCGGGGGGUGGACUAUUAGAUGAUCUUGCUGCAUUAAAUGUUCCACUAAAGGCCCUCUCAAUUGGAGAUAAUCCCCUUUCCAGCUUUCCACACAACCAUUUGGGGGCACAUCUGGGAAGAUUCUUAUGUUCGGGUAUUCAAGCCAUUGAUAUUAAGAGGACCGGAUUAGGUAAAUCAGGCUUUUCAGAUGCACAAAAAGAAAUUACUAAAGAGCUGAAUCUUGUCCAUAUCAAUAUAAGUGGUAACGCAGGUUCAGUCAAUGUCGUGGAGUUUUUGUCCAAGGUGAUUUCACAGGCUCCAAAUCUUAUUUCAGUCGAUGCAAGCUCAAACUGGAUUCCCAUGGAAUCAGUACCUUCGAUAUGCUCCUUUCUUAAUGCUGCAAAGGGGAAACUUGGGCAUUUAGACUUGCAGAAUAAUCCCUUAUGCAACAAACCCGGCAUUGCUUCCCUGCUGGCUGAAUUUCAACUCGAUGGAAAACCAAACAUCUUAAUUUCAUCUCCCCAGGCUACUCACCAUUAUGACAAUGAUCCAUAAGAGCAGAAGAAGUCAAGAAGGAUGUAAAGAAGAAGAAUACAGCAACGUAGUUUAUAUAUUAUAUGAUGUUAGUAAUCAAUACUUUAUAAAGUGUAUGGUAAUGUUAUAUGUAAGGAAUAAGUUAUUGCAACCAGUCUUAAUAAGUACAGUUACAUUC